AUGGGAAACUCAAAAAGUGGUGUGGUGUCCAGAGAGGUCCUGAACGACCUGAAGGUGAGCACCAAGUUCUCAGAGGCGGAGAUCGCACAGUGGUACGAGAACUUCCAGAAACAGUGUCCCUCAGGUCGCAUCACGCUGCCUCAGUUUGAGGAGAUCUACAGCCGCUUCUUUCCCGACAGUGAUGCGAAGACGUACGCCCAGCAUGUCUUCCGCUCCUUUGACACCAAUGACGAUGGCACACUGGACUUUAAGGAGUAUAUUGUGGCCCUGCAUAUGACUUCCUCAGGCAAGAUGUCCUUGAAGUUAGAGUGGGCUUUCUCGCUGUUUGAUGUGGACAAAAAUGGUUACAUCACCAAAAAUGAAGUGUGUGAAAUCUGCCAGGCCAUUUUCAAAAUGAUCCCCAAGGAGAAGCAGGAGAAGCUGCCCAGUGAUGAGAACACACCAGAGAAGAGAGCAGAUAAGCUCUGGAGCUUCUUCGGCAAAGGAGAGAAUGAGCGGGUUGCAGAAGGAGAGUUCAUCAAAGGUGUGAUGGACAAUGACGAUGCACUGCGUCUUAUUCAGUGUGAACCUGCAAAGUAA